GUUAGGUUCCGACUGUGGACCUGUGACACUUGUGGAGUCGUCGGCUUCAUCUGGCAGAAGUAGUAGGAAGAACAGUGGGCGCGAAUUGAUGGAAAAACCAUGUGGUUUUGGACAAGGUGCAGGUGUCUUUCAACAACAACAACAACAACAGCAGGGCAGUAAUUCGUCAUGCUCGGACAGUCGAGACAGGGGGGCAUUGUUCGAGAGAGGGAUAUUAGAACAGGGCCGCAGCAGUACGCGAUUAGAACCCGUGACAGCAGUGCUGCUUGAAAAUGCAGAAGGGACACGUGCUCUCUUUGCGGUCUGGCAACAAGAACAACAUUUAUUUUCUCCAAAAGCACACUCACCCGAGAAGCACUCACCAGAAGAAGAAGAAGAAGACGCUGAACUGGAAGAUUUUCUUGGGAGUUCUCAUAGUGCAGCGGAUUCUAGAGCUACUGCUGAUCGUGAUCUUUCCUUGUUGUAUCACGAUCACAAAAGCGCGCAAGAACCACGAAGUCCUUGUGCGGCUAGUGCAGCGGAUGUCCCUUCCGGCGAAGUUGACAUUCAUCUACCCACAAAGGGGAGUUCUCAUAGUGCAGCGGAUGAGAACAAGAGAAGGUCCACUGCGAUUCCCGGAAGUGAACGAUUGACGAGAACAGUCCUGGCGUUCUUACGCCGCGGUGCAAAUCCAAGACCUGAGGGGGAAACUCCGUUACUGCACUCACUACUCAAGAGUCGGUGCUUAUCGAAACGAGCACAACUUCAAUUGCUGUUGAGGCAUAGUGGUCCGAUCGUGGGGCUCUGCUCUGCAUCUGUGCUCGCUUGGGAGAAGAAUAGAAACGGUAGAAGUAGAAGUGCGCCUCGUCUUGAACGCGGUGGCGAUCUAUUAUGUGCCUCGUCUCCGAAUCACCGUGCUUCGACAACCAACUUGAGACUACAGCCACCUGAUGAAGCGAUUAUAUCAAGUGCUGAGGAGGAACACCUUGAACAUGAACAAGACCCUCUGGUGACUACGACCGCGUUUGAACAUGGUGAGAAUGGAAACCUCAACAGCUUAGAGAGGGAUGGCGAGCUAUCUAUGCCCGAUCUUAUUCGUCGUGCGUACGAAGCUGUGACGACCACAGCUGUGGAAUUAGAAGUUGCAAGACAACUUGCUGCACCAGCUGGUGCUGCUACGUCAUCUUCCGGACUUUUGCAUCAAAACACUCCUGUUGAAGCGAUACAAAGCGACGUUCACGACCAAUCCUCGGUACAAGGCCUACGUCAUCUUCCGGACUUCCGAGUUUGUUCGCCUGUCAGUUCCUAUUACAGUUCUUCACCUAGAAGUGGGAUUCAAAGUGAGACCAACGGGGGAGUGGGUUCUUCACCUGGUCGUCUUGAACGUGAUUCAGAAGUUGAAGCUGAUUUGCUAGUGAACGAAGAGCUGACGGCAUUUUUUGGCCCCAGUACUAGCGGGAAAGAACAAGAAGCAGGUUCAAUCUAUGACCCUGUAGAGAAACCAAGAAGAGAGGACCUUACUACGCGUGUCGGGAACAUCAAGGGAGAAACUGGCCACGAAAUGAACGCCGCAGAACCUGACCGCGUAAUCGAUUGGCUAGACGAUAUGGUAGCUACAGCGGAGGAAUUGAUCGCAGAAAACUUGGAAGCUCUAGCAACACUUUUGUCUGUGACGCAACCUCGUCUUCGGAGCAAAUUAUGCCAUGACAUUUCUCUACGAUCAGAACAAAGUUUGCCUCCGGAACAGCGAAAAAAACUGCACGAAACACUUGUAGGGGUAUGCGGGACGGCGGUGGAGAUCCACAUGAGGUUGAUAUAAUGCAGGGCUCCGACUGUGGAAGUGCGAAAGGUGGAAGAUGAACGAUUUACAUAUUAUAUUUACAGGAGCAAGAACUGGUAGUAAUCUCCAGUUAUAAUGCUUACAACUCCAUUCUCGACCGCAGGAUUAUAGCUAGCUUAAGUAGACCCUCUUUCAUUUUUGGUCGAUGCUAGAAGUUGUAUUUUUUGUCGUGUUUGAUACCGGUCUUGCUUUUUUGACGCAGGAUUUUCUGUACAAAUUGAAAUUGAAAUUUGUCAAACGACCACUUAUCUCACUUUCAAAAAGGCGGUAAAUAUAUCUUUAGGAUAGGCAAUUCGGUAUAUCCUUUGUGUAUCGACGCCUGGAUUACAAUUUGCCGAUAUGGUAGAGAAAACUUUUUAGGUUUCCCUCGUUUUUCUCUCUUCAUGAUGUAUGAUAAACAAAACUGGGCGGUGUGUCAAGGAGAGGUGCAACAUCGAAGAUGGGUUUAUCAAUGAUGAGGCAUGGCGUACAUCUAGACGGAAAAACGAGUCCCCAAUCUAAUUUUUUGCCAUGUUUCAUAAAUGAACGAGAAUAUUCGUUGCGUAGCAGGAUCAGUCCUACCAUUUUUUGCUUCAUUGCAGACAGCAGAACGCACCACUGACUCUGAAC